UUACUCCAAUGCGGAAGUGAUCGUCAUCGUAAAAGCUGUGAGUUGGAAGACCUUUUAUAGCCUGAACAUGUCGUGGAUCAGAGAGGGCGAGUUAAACCUCCUGGAGAAGAUUUCAGCGAAUAUCUUGAAGGCUGGACCCAUGCCUAAACACGUGGCCUUCAUCAUGGAUGGAAACCGCCGCUUCGCCCGCAAGAAACAAAUGGGGCGUCAGGAAGGGCACAUGCAGGGCUUCAACAAGCUGGCAGAGACAUUGCGUUGGUGUAAGCACCUGAACAUCCAAGAGGUCACGGUGUACGCCUUCAGCAUCGAGAACUUCAAGCGCACUAAAGACGAGGUGGACGGGCUGAUGGAGCUGGCCAAGCAGAAGUUUGAGAAACUACUGGAGGAAAGAGAUAACCUGGAGAAGCAUGGUGUGUGUAUCCGGGUGCUGGGCGACUUGAAUAUGCUGCCUGUUGACCUUCAGCGGAUUAUUGCAAAAGCUGUGGUCACAACCCAGUCGCACAAUAAAUGCUUCCUAAAUGUGUGUUUCGCCUACACGUCCAGAUAUGAAAUCACUAAUGCAGUCAGAGAAAUGGCUUGGGGAGUGGAGGAGGGCCUGAUCAAAGCGAGUGACGUCUCGGAGGCUUUGCUAAGUGAGUGUUUGUACAGCAACAAUUCUCCCAACCCCGACCUGCUCAUCCGCACGUCUGGAGAGGUGCGCCUCAGCGACUUCCUUCUCUGGCAGACUUCCCACUCCUGUCUGGUGUUCCAGUCCGUUCUUUGGCCCGAGUACUCUUUCUGGAACCUGUGUGAAGCGAUCCUCCAAUUUCAGUUAAAUCACAAAUCCAUUCAGAAAGCCAGAGACCUCCAUCGAGAGCAUCAGGCCUCACAGCAGCUGGAGGCGGACCGUGCCUGUGUAGCAGAGCUCCUGCAGCAUCACGGGAACGGAAAGCCUGCAGACGCCCAGAGAAGACAAGAGGCGCUGCUGCAUCACACCGCCUGCAGGGAGGAACGAAUUCACGACUUCUUAGAAGCACUGAAGCACAAGAGAGACUCUUUCUUUAACGACUUAACCAGUGAAGCCGCCGUGGCUUAGGAUGUCCCUGAAAACCAAACCCCAUGUUGAAGUGGGGAUGAAACCUCUCCCGUGCUCUUCCAUAAAGGGCUUCUGCGGGGGGAAAAGGAAGAGUGAACAGUCCCUGGGAAUGGUUUCUAUGUGUUACUGAUUUGAGCAAGAUAAGAGGGCAAUUUGACCCCUAUGGGGCUGUAGAAAAAAUGAGAUAUUUAUGAUUGUAGAUUAAAAAAAAAAAAGUCUAAUCAAUGGAAAUGCCUGGUCAAAAUGUAGUUCAAUAGUUGUGUAAAAUGUUCAUGAAAUGCAUGCCAUUGAUUGGAAGUUAAAAUGUUGAGUGAAAGCCAGGGAUUCAGUGUUUCAGAGACGAUUCCAUCCAGACAUAUACGAAUCAGUCCAGUGUUUCAUUUUUGGUUGAGUUCCGAUGGAAGUGUUGUUUGUUUGGUGCGUGUGAUGAUUAAGACGUAACUAGAUUUUGACCAGCGUUCUUCAACAGAAUAAAGUGUGUACUGUGUGUCAGGUAUGAUA